AUGGCAGGCACAACUGAUAUUAUCGGCUGGCUCACGAUACUCACCUUCAUCAUCCACAUUGCCUAUCUCAUACGUAUCUACAUACUUCCCUCAAGACUCAACCGCUAUGCACAUCCUGCGCCGAAUGGUGACGAACCUUGGGCACUGGUCACAGGCGCCUCGGACGGCAUAGGUCGACAGUUUGCACAAGAGCUCGCCGCGCAAGGGUUCAACGUCGUGCUGCACGGGCGGAAUCAAGCAAAAUUGUCUGCUGUUGAGGCCGAUUUGCAAAAGCUGCACCCUGGCAGAUCGUUCAAGAUCUUGGUCGCAGAUGCCGGGGCAGUUCCUUGCAAAACCUGUAUCAGCGACAAACACUUAUCAGAUGGAGGGAGAACUGUGAAUUUUGAUGCUAUCAGAGCGGCCGUGGAGGACCUCCACUUGACAGUCUUAAUCAAUAAUGCUGGUGGCGGUCCAACCAACCCCGUUUACGCGCCGCUCAUCGAAUCCUCGGCAGAGCACAUUAUUAACAAUGUCAGCCUAAAUGCUCUUUUCCCCCUUCAUCUGACACGUGUGCUUCUGCCCUUCCUCAACCGAAACGGCCCCGCUCUCUUAAUGAACAUCAGCUCCAUGGCCGACAUUGGGUUCCCGCUUCUGGCAUCCUAUAGCGCAAGCAAGCAGUUCCUCGUGAACCUAACUCGCGUGCUUUGCCUCGAGAUGUCUCUGGAUGACAGGACGCCUCAAGUCGAGGUGCUGUGCGUACGGAUUGGCAAGACCACGGGGGUGUCUCAUCUCAAAGAAAGCCCCUCGUUCUUUACACCGAGCUCACGAGCCAUGGCGCGUGCUGCACUAAUAAGAAAUGGUCUUAAAGCGCAAACUUGA